UCUUUUUUGUUUUUCUUGGUGUAUGCUUUUUCUUGGUUUAAUCUUUUAAUAUCUGUCCUCGAGCAAACCGUUUAUGAAAAUUCAGGAAAAGAGAAUUCUCAUGAUUAUAUUGAAAUCAUUGAUCCACUUCCUUUUUCAUCUUCGUUUCCAAGUUCCAUCUGUAACAUCCCCCUGAUUCCAAAAUCCAAACACUUUGCCUUUUCUCCUCCACUUUUCCACAAAUUCGAUCAUAACCUUCUUCUAACAAAGUCAAAAAUUACCUCACUAGUCAAAUAUGGAUCUAGUUUGAUCCUUUUCUCACCUCAAUCACCUUUUCCCCGGCGAUUAUGGCCACUGAUAUGCCAGAAACUUCCAAACGACAAGCAUGGUUUUGCACCACCGGACUACCAAGCGACGUCGUCGUUGAUGUCGGCGACGUGACCUUCCAUCUCCACAAGUUUCCUCUUAUGGCUAAGAGUAAGAAGCUUAACGAGAUGAUGGCAGAACAAGAAUUGAAGCAUACUGUUAAAGCUACUGACCUGAGUGAGUCUGAAGAAGAUGAGCACGAAGAGAUACAAGAAGAGAAAAUGGCGGGGACGGCGGCGGCGGAGGAGUACUGUCAUGUCACGCUUCCGGAUUUUCCGGGGGGUUCUGAGACGUUUGAGACGGCUGCCAAAUUCUGUUACGCCGUGAAAAUUGAGCUCUCGUCGUUAAACGUAGCGCCACUCCGGUGUGCCGGAGAAGUUUUGGAGAUGAGUGAAGAGUAUUGUGAGGAUAAUCUUAUUUCCAAAACUGAGAGAUUUCUUUCCCAAACCGUGCUUCGAAGUUUGAGAGAUUCAAUCAAAACGCUGAAAUCAUGUGAGGAUUUGUUGCCUUUGGCAGAAUCGCUUGGCAUUGUUCAGAGGUGUAUCGAUUCUAUAGUUUCCAAAGCUUCGUCGUCGGAUCCGUCGCUGUUCGGUUGGCCGGUGAAUGAGGCUUCUAAUUCCCGUGCCGGUGCUGGUGCUGUAUCUUCACGUGAAACGAGUUCGAGAAGAAAGGGAGUAGCGAUCACCGGAGGCACAGGCGGCGGAGAUAGGUGGUUCGAUGAACUUGUAUUUCUCAGUCCGCCGUUGUUCAAACGAUUGUUACUCGCUAUUAAAUCUCGAGAUCUGAACCCUGAAAUCAUCGAAAAUUGUCUCAUUUCCUACGCCAAAAAACACAUUCCCGGCGUGAAUCGCAUUGGUAGGAGAUCAUCGUCUUCAUCUGUACUUUCAGAGAUUGAACAGAAGGAGCUAUUAGAAACAAUAAUCACGAAUCUUCCAGAAGAACAUGGCCUGAGAACUUCACCGGAGGUGAUGAUAUUCUUCGGAAUGUUGAAAGCAGCAAACAUUCUGAAUGCUUCCGAUCAUUGUCGAGCAACAUUAGAGAAAAAGAUCGGAUUGCAACUCGAACAAGCAACUCUAGAUGAUCUUCUAAUGCCUAGCUACUCCUACCUAACGGAAACAUUAUACGACGUCGAUUGUGUCCAAAGAAUACUUUCUCAUUAUCUCCGUAGCUUAGAUCAGAUACCACCGGCUGAUGCAAAUGUAAUCGAAAACGACAAUGGUGGCGCCGGCGAAAAUCACGCAAGAUCUGUAACGAUAAUGCUCGUCGGAAAACUAAUCGACGGUUACUUAUCAGAAAUCGCAUCAGAUACAAAUCUGAAGCCGGAGAAGUUCUUGGAGCUCGCCUUCGCAUUACCGGAACAAGCAAGGCUGUUCGACGACGGACUCUACAGAUCCGUCGACGUUUACCUCAAGGCACAUCCAUGGAUAAAGGAAGACGAACGGGAGAAAAUCUGUGGAGUAAUGGACUGCCGGAAACUGACAUUAGAAGCUUGCACACACGCAGCACAAAACGAACGUCUUCCGCUUCGAGCGGUGGUGCAAGUCCUGUUCUUCGAGCAGUUGCAGCUCCGGCAAGCAAUAACCGGGACACUGUUAUCUACCUCCUCCGCCGCCGAUAUUCAGGUAGAUCAAGAGGAAUCCGACGUUGAAGUCGUCGGAGUCACGAUGACGUCGGCGGUGAGAGAGAAUCAGGUGCUCCGACUAGACAUGGAUAGCAUGAGGACGCGCGUAAACUAUUUGGAGCGUGAGUGUUCAACGAUGAAAAAAGCGAUUGAGAAAAUAGACAAAGAGGGCCCACCUUCUGUGCCACGUGGCUGGAGGGAGAAAUUUGGGUGUACAUUUAAGACUCAAGUGUGUGACUCACAUGAACCGAGUUUCGUUGAGGCUCCAAAGGGUCGAACCCGGAUCCGAACCCGAAUCCAAAACCAUCGGCACCAAAAACAGCACUAGUGAUUUUUUUUUUUUUUUUU